CAGCGCAAAGACACACAGGCGAAGAGACUCCAAAGCCGGGAGUUAGAGUGUAGCCGAAAACCGCGCAAAAGAAACGGAAGAUUGACAGUCGCUGCCGCUUUGUCGCUUUACUGGAGCUUCAACAGAACCUAUAGGCGCAUUUUGGUUAUAGCCAGAAUAACUGGAGAUAAAAAGGCACCAUCGCUGCUGAAAAGUCUUGGAUUUUAAACGAACUAAAACGCUCUCACUUCAAGAAAAAUCAAAGAGUUACACGAAGAUUUUACGGACUGUUGUAUUUGGAUAGGAGUAUUUUAUUUCCGAGUAUUCGUGGAUGUUGAUUCAACUUGGAAUUGGUCCCUUCAAGCGGGUUUACAGCUUUUGUCUUUUGUAACUUUUCCCCCUCCAGCUUGAAUUUUAAUUCAAAUUGAUAUUUGCCUUACGCAUUGUCAUCUGAAGCCAACCACUUCUUUCUUGGUUAAAAUAUGAAACCGUCGAACUUGCUAUAAUCAAGCUUGUGGAAUUGUAUUUUGAUGGCGAGCGUGGAUCCAGGACAUAUGGAACUCCCAACUUUCUCAAGAUUCUUCUGAACAGUCACCUCUCAUGCAGCCAUGGCCUCAUCUCUGAGUCAGUGAAAUCUUACUUCCUUGGUACCAAUCCAUAAGCUAUCCCAGAGCUCCUCAGCACCUUCAGAUAAAUUCAGACCAACAAACUACAAGUCCAAGUGGAUGAGAGAAAGACAGAGAAGACAGAAAAGAGAAUAGCCCAACUCAGAGUGGAGUACAACUCCCCUCUCUUCUCCCACUGUCUUUCUCGGAUUCCAGGCAACCUCAGACCGCAACUAUGGCCAUUCUCAUCCUCACAAACUUGUUGCUGAGCUCUCUUCUCCUCUUGCCCCUUGCGAUGACCUCCGCAGUCCCUUACGGCCCUGCCUCCGACUCCUGUGUUACCCUGGUCCAGGGCCGCUUCUUCGGCUUCUUCUCCUCGUCCUCAGUCUUCCCCUCCACGCCCUGCUCCUGGACCCUGCAGAACCCCGACCCACGCCGGUACACAGUCUUCAUGAAGGUCACCAAGCCUGCCGAGUCCUGCCUGCCCCGCCAGCUCAAGACCUUCCAGUACGACUCCUUCCUGGAGACCACCCGCACCUACCUGGGCAUGGAGAGCUUCGACGAGGUGGUGAAGCUGUGCGACGCCUCCACCCGAGUGGCCUUCCUGCAGUCCAGCAAGCAGUUCCUCCAGAUGCGCAAGGUGAGCCCCCGCGACGGACUGGAGGCCAACGAUGGCGAUGGCGAGUUCAAGGCAGAGUACCUGGUGGUGGGCAACCGGAACCCCAGCAUGCCCGCCUGCCAGAUGCUGUGCCAGUGGUUGGAGGACUGCCUGUCCUCCAGCACCCCCGUCCGGCCCUGUGGCAUCAUGCAGACCCCCUGCCAGUGCUGGGAACCCCCCCAGCGCAAGCCCGACGGCUGCUUCCGAGGAGGCGUCUAUCUGGAGAACUGCAUUCCCAGCUUGAAGGACAAUGGACGUGACGCGGAGAUCAUUGGUGGCUGGAGCGGUUGGGGACGCUGGACAGAGUGUAGCAGUGACUGCGGGGGAGGGAUUCAGACGCGCAGCCGCACCUGCCACUCGGCCCCGGAGGAGUCUUACCUGUGCGAGGGUGUGCUAGAGGAGGGCCGGCCCUGCAACCCGCAGCCCUGCAUCGGCAAGGGGCGUCACCUCACCCGGAGCCAGUCCCUGCGUUCUGUGGACACCCGCAAGCGGGACGACGGGGACAAGCCUCGCUACGGACACCUGGCUCCCCAAACAGACUCGUCCUCGGCGGAGGAGUGGUCCCCCUGGAGCGUGUGCUCGGUCACCUGCGGCGAGGGCUGGCAGAGCCGCACGCGCUUCUGCAUCUCCUCCUCCUACAGCACGCAGUGCAGCGGCCCCCUCCGCGAGCAGAGGCCCUGCAACAACUCCGCCGUGUGUCCAGUGCACGGAGCCUGGGACGAGUGGUCGCCGUGGAGUCUCUGCUCGUCCACCUGCGGACGUGGCUACCGCGAGCGCACCCGCACCUGCAAGCCGCCCCAGUUCGGCGGGGACCCCUGCGACGGCCCCCCCAGGCAGACCAAGUUCUGCAACAUCGCCGUCUGCCCAGUGGAUGGAAUCUGGAACGAGUGGUCAAGCUGGAGCUCCUGCUCAGCGUCCUGCUCCAACGGGACCAUGCAACGCACCCGGGAGUGCAACGGGCCCUCCUACGGGGGCUCCGAGUGCCGCGGCGAGUGGCUGGAGACCCGGAACUGCUUCCUCGGGGAGUGCCCAGUGGAUGGGAAAUGGCAGGCAUGGAGCAUGUGGGGCAGCUGCACCAAAACAUGCGGAGGAGGCAGCCAGCAGAGGCAGAGGGUUUGCUACGGCCCCUUCUUCGGCGGGGAGCAGUGCCCAGGGGACCGUGAGGAGGUGCGGCGCUGCAACGAGAAGAGGUGUCCAGAACCCCACGAGAUCUGCGACGAGGAGAACUUUGCCAGUGUGGUGUGGAAGCAAACCCCCGCGGGGGAAACCGCUGCUGUGCGCUGCCCACCCAAUGCAUUCGGGCUGAUUUUACGCCGAUGCACCCUGGACUAUGAUGGCAUCGCCUACUGGGAGAAUCCAACCUACAUGAAGUGCAUUUCCAAUGACUAUCGUAGCAUCCAGACAUUGACUCGUGAGCAUCUAUCAAAGGCCCAGCGCGGAUUCAUGGGAGAUGGAGUUUCUGAGGUGCUGGAGAAGUUAAGAAGCACCUCCAGUGAUGGGACAAGCUAUAGUGGCGACCUCCUCGCCAUUGUGGACGUCCUGAAGAACAUGACUGAGAUCUUCCGCAGGUCCUACUACAACCCCAGCAAUGCGGAUAUACAGAACUUUGUCCAGUCUGUAAGCAACCUGCUCAUGGAGGAGAACAGGGAGAGGUGGGAGGAGACCCAGGUGCUGGGACCCAACAUCAAAGAGCUUUUCCGCCUGGUUGAGGACUUUGUGGAUGUGAUCGGUUUCCGAAUGAAGGACUUCCAGGACACUUACGAGGUCACGGAAAACCUAGUGCUAAGCAUCCACAAGCGACCGGCCUCUGGAGCCUCGGACAUAACCUUCCCUAUGAAGGGGUGGAAGGGGAUGGUGGACUGGGCAAGGAGCUCUGAGGACAGGGUCACCAUCUCACGAAACACGCUGUCCAUGGGCAAGCCAGACACAGAUGACUCCUCUGCGUUCGUGACCGGUAUCGUUCUCUACAGGAACCUGGGCAGCAUCCUCUCCCUGCAGAGAAACAGCACCGUGCUCAACUCCAAAGUGGUCUCAGUUACCAUCAAGCCCACCCCAAGCUUCCUGUCUGCCCCUGUGGAGAUUGAAUUCUCCCAUCUCUACAACGGCACCGUCAACCAGACCUGCAUUUCCUGGGAUGAGAGUGACAGCUCCUCGCUGCUCGGAUCCUGGUCGGCAAGAGGCUGCAGAGCGGUGCCCGUCGAUUCAUUCAGAACCAAAUGUGUGUGUGACAGACUAUCCAGCUUCGCCAUUUUAGCACGGCUAAAUCCUGACAUGAACAUGGACAAAACGCUGCUGCCGUCGGUGACGCUCAUCGUGGGCUGCGGGGUCUCCUCGCUCACCCUGCUGCUGCUCAUCAUCAUCUACGUGUCCGUCUGGAGGUACAUUCGUUCGGAGCGCUCUGUCAUCCUGAUAAACUUCUGCCUCUCCAUCAUCUCAUCCAACGCCCUCAUCCUAAUUGGACAGACACAGACACGCAACAAGGUGGUGUGUACUCUGGUGGCUGCCUUCCUCCAUUUCUUCUUUCUGUCCUCCUUCUGCUGGGUGCUGACGGAGGCGUGGCAGUCCUACAUGGCGGUGACCGGCCGCUUGAGGAACCGCAUCAUCCGCAAGCGCUUCCUUUGCCUGGGCUGGGGCCUCCCUGCUCUCAUUGUGGCCAUCUCUGUAGGCUUCACCAAGGCCAAAGGAUACGGCACCGUCAACUACUGUUGGCUUUCUCUGGAAGGUGGACUCCUCUACGCGUUUGUGGGGCCGGCAGCCGCUGUGGUUCUGGUUAACAUGGUUAUUGGGAUACUGGUUUUUAACAAACUGGUGUCUAAAGACGGCAUCACCGAUAUGAAACUGAAGGAGCGGGCAGGUCAGAUGACAGUGCCACUGUACAAUAUGACGCUCAAAUGUGCCAAAUGCGGAGUAAUCUCGUCGGCUGACGUGUCCACCACAGCUACCAGUAACGCCAUGGCGUCACUGUGGAGCUCCUGUGUGGUUCUGCCCCUCCUUGCGCUUACCUGGAUGUCUGCCGUGCUGGCCAUCACUGACCGCCGCUCCGCCCUCUUCCAGAUACUCUUCGCCGUGUUUGACUCUCUGGAGGGCUUUGUCAUUGUCAUGGUGCACUGCAUCCUUCGCAGAGAGGUUCAGGAAGCAGUCAAAUGCCGGGUGGUCGACCGACAGGAGGAUGGGAAUGGGGACUCGGGUGGUUCUUUCCAGAAUGGACAUGCUCAGCUCAUGACCGACUUUGAAAAAGAUGUCGACAUGGCGUGCCGAUCAGGUACCCUGAAGAGGUCAUCCUUGCAGGGCGAGGAGAAGGCGCCCGCUCAGCAGCUCACCCUCCAGAAGGGCUCCAACUUCAACACCCUACCCGCCAGCAUGACCAAGGUGCACCUGCAGAAUGUGGCCGACUACGCCAGCCACACCCUCACGCUGAAGCGGGACAAGAGCGGGGGAGCGAGUGGGGAGCUGCCCGGCGGGAAGUCCAUCUACAUCUGUGACGGGGAGCUCUUCAAGCAGCUGGACGCCGACCUGGCGGGACGGGGCCAGGCUGAGGCGGGCGCCCCCGACGGCAGCAGCUACGUGCUCCUGCCCAACAACACCUCAACCCUGAGGCCCAAGCCCAAAGAGGACACAGCCAAGUACAACAUCAGCAUCGAGCAGCUGCCCCAGACCCGCCUCAUCCACCUCAGCAACCCCUCCGGGGAUCCCAUCCCUGGCUUUGGCCUGAAGACCCUCCCGGCGGACCGGGUCAGCGUGUCCUGCUCGGAGAGGGACUCCCCUGUCCAGAACCUGCAGAACAUCUCCAGUGAGUCCCAGAUGACCAACAGCCUAUGCGAAGCUGGCGAUUCGGGGAAUUCCGGCGUGAUGUCCAAGAGCGAGACCGUCUCCACACUGUCCAUGAGCUCUUUAGAGAGACGAAAAUCCCGCUAUGCAGAAUUAGACUUUGAGAAGAUCAUGCACACACGGAAACGUCACCAAGACAUGUUCCAGGACUUAAACAGGAAGCUGCAGCACUCUGACAGAGAUUCUCCUCCCGUGGAUGGCAAGUCUGUUAAGAGAUGGAGUGUGUCCUCAGGGGGCAGUGACAAAACAAACCUCAGCGACAAACAACAGACCCCCAGCAAGCGGGCUUGGGAGGGCAUUCGGAAGACACACUCGCCCCCUUCCUGGGUACGGAAGGACCUGGAGCCCCUGCAGGCCUCACCACUGGAGCUAAAGACAGUGGAGUGGGAGAAGGCGGGUGCCACCAUCCCCUUGGUGGGGCAGGAGAUCAUCGACCUGCAGACGGAGGUGUGAACGAACACCUCUCCCCUCUGCACCAGCGAGAGCUUCCGCCAGUCUUCUCUUCAUUUCACUUUGGUUUGAAAGAAGGAUGAAACAGAGAGAAAAUGAGUGAGACAAUGAAGAGCAGAACACAGAGCCUAUGUCCUCGAACCCGAGAACAGCAAGAACAGGACAGGAAGUUGCUUUGUAUUUCCUCCACCUAUUUUGUUGAUGCCGGAAUCGCCAUUUCCUAACAAAAAAUGAUAACAGACAAACAAUAGCUUUUAAAAAAAAAAAAACAAAAAAAAAAACGCAAUGGAAACGAAUAUUUAAAAACCAAUGACUUUGCUAGAACUCUACACAAGGAGGCCUGGUUUUGUUCUGAUAUUCGUAUGGGGAGAGUUUACAGCACUCUUCCAUCUGGGUUUAAGAAGAGGAAGUUUUCUUGCUGCAGUGUUUGUCUUUGAACUUUCACGGACACUCCUGGCUGUCCGUCCUGAAAGACUCGCCGAAGGCUGCCCACAUAGGCCAAGUCUGCCAGCCACGCUAAUCAGAACCCGAAGCCUCUGUCAGCUCCCUCCAAAGCAACACGAGCGCUAGAACUCUGAGACUUCACAUUCAUCUUCCUUUUUGGUUUCUUUCCGUACAUGUGAUCAUUAUUUUUUUGUUUGGUUGUUUUAUGUACCAUUUUGAGCAAAAAUAGCUGAAAAGAGCCCUUUGGUCUCUGCUGAAUUAUACCAUUCUGCUACUUUUCAAACUCAGCUAAGCUGGUGAAAGCCCAUCUGGGCUGACUGUGGUCUGCAUUGGAACUCUGCCAUUACAGAUAACCGCAAAGCAAUUAGACUUCUGAAGCAAUCACGCAAAAUUGCUAUUGUAACUGUUUUUCAUGCAACAUGCAAAAUGUAGUAUUAUUAUUGUUUUUUUUCCCAUCACACUUACAUGUAACCAUGUCCUCUCCUCCACAUCCUCGCUGACACAUUGUCAGCUUGCUCUGGCGUCCAGAAAACGUUUGUGCUGAUUACAUGAAGUAAUCGAUGGAUAAUUCUGUCUAACCCCAGACACCCUAAGUGGUUAGGGAGACUGGGGGAUCACCAGGGUUGAACAGCAGUGGCUGGAUUUCCCUUCGGGGGGUUCGCCACAAAAGGAGACAGGGACGCGAGGCUCUGGUUUUUCCAGGGAACUCGGCCAUGCUCAGACCGCGAUGCAGUGCAUUGUGGGUGGCGUCACUCGUGGCGACUACAAGAGUGUGGCGCAGAAGACGGCGAGGGGGGCCCAAGGUGAAGGACUGUCCGCCCGCCCCCUCUUCGCCCCUCCCCCCUCCUCUGCAGGUGAGAUGGGAAGAGCAGACUGUUACACAGCGCC